ACUUCCUUUUUAAUUCCGGAUGUUUAUACCGAUGGAACGUCCAAGAAUUUGUUGCUAAGAUAUUAUUUAAUAAAAAUCAGCCAACUCCGUCCAUUUUUUGUGAUCAAGCUCUUGCAAAUAAUUUAUUAGUUUUUAUAAUCCUUAUCUACUAUCAAGAUUUGAACGGUUUAAUACCGAUCUAAAUAAUUUCCGUAACCUUGCCACAUUGCGAAAGGGGAUGCAUAAUGUCCGAUAAUAAUCCUCUUGAAGUGUUCAAUUCACAAUCGAAGACAUUGUUAGAAAAAUGGAAUAUACCGUCACACGUAAAACCUACAUUCGAUAAAGAGGGAAGAUGCAACGUUCACAAUCUAACAGGUAGCGCAAGAACUGUUCAAAUGACCUGGCAAGCUGACAAAUCGCUUAAAGAUGGUGCUAGAUAUAACUACGUUGUGCUCCAAACGUUUAUACCAGAAUUUGAGGAAUUUGCCUUUGAAAUCAAUGUGUCAUUGCCGAACGAAAGUAAUAAGCGCAGACUCUUCUUUACAACGAAUGCUAAAGAUAUGAAACGAGAGACUUUUCAUGCUAGAAUUCCAUUAGGAAUAGUUAAGCGAAAAACGUGGUUAAACUUAUGUGUGGACGUUAUUUCAUUUAUGAAAUUAUGGAAUGAGGAAAAUUUUAAUGCCAUCGAAAAUUUGUCAAUUUCGGCUAAUUGCAAACUUCGUAGAAUCUUUGUUCUAAAACCGAAUACAACAAACACUGAGUCUUCCGCAUCAUCAGAUAUUAGAAUACCCAAGCACUUUGAAUAUUCACAUUCUUUAAAUCACGAAACGCAACUCAUUGACUAUUUUUGCAUUGUUAGAGAAUAUGGCUCCAUUGAACUAAGAAUCGGCAGUGGAGAAAUGAAGCAACCUCAUCCACCUUCUACAAUGCCAAAUCAAAAGCCACGACCAGGUCGAAAGGUUAAAAGUGGUGGUAAAGGGAAAGCAACGUCUGCACAAGAUGAAAAUAAAAAUUUAAGCGAAGAAUUAUCUGAUGUUAUCGACACUUUAAAUAAAGGGGACAAAAUUAACAAGACGUCUGACACAGACGAAAAAUCAGAACCUACUUUAUAUACUUACUCUUCACAACCUGUGGCUGUUCAACGAAAGAGCCCUUCAACGAAAGCUAUAAGAAAUCGCCAAGUGUUUAAACAGAAUAUCAAGAUAGACGACAACGACUUUGUUUCCGAUUCUGACGGAGAUUCAGAUAAAGAGAGAAGACAUAAAGAUGACAAGUGCCAAGAGAAACCUAAAAGAACUAUGCUAAAACGUAGUGUUAAGAAAAACACUUUAAAAUUAAGCUCUUAUAACAACGUUGUCCAACAGAAAAAACCAACCGAUGCAAAACUUUCCGUCCAAGAAUAUACAACAGUUGGUUCUUUUGAGAUAGAUAGCAUUGAAGCAGACAUAAUUAGAGCUAUGCAAAAGGAAGAUGAAGAAACCUAUCAGAGCAAUAACUUUGAGAGGUUUAAGGAUCAUACUUUUGGAAAAGACCCUGAGGAGGAUCACUUUGUCGAAACUAACAAUCAUUUAUUAGUUCAAGAUGUACAUUUGUACAAGGACGAAAUUAAAGAUCAGUCUGGAAGAUGGAGUACUGAUUUUUUCAGUCAAAGUCAUGUUCGAAAUGAUCUCAGAGAAAUGAAUAAGAAACAUUCGUCCGGCCCGGUCAAACAAAACUCUUCAGAUUCUUCUAGCGACGAGGAUGAGAUGUUAGACUUGUAUUUUGAUCCAACUUUAAAUUGUUACUUCGAUCCAGACUCUAAGAUUUACUAUGAGCUGAAAUAA